AUGUACGAUUGCGCCAUCGCCAUCUCGCCGGGGAACACCGCAUGCCGGAGCAACUGCGCGGCGGCACUCACGGCGGUCAGGAGGCUCAGCAAUGCCGCGAGGGAGUGCCUUAAGGCUAUGAAGUUGGACCCUGCUUAUGUCAGAGCUCAUAAGAGACUUGCUUCACUUUAUCUUAGGUUUCGACAGGUUGAAAAUUCGCGGCGGCACUUGUGCCUCCAUGGGAUUCACGAGGAUCAAUCUGAGGAGCAGAAGCUAUUGUUAUUAGAGAAGCAUUUGAAUCGUUGUGCUGAUGCAAGAAAAUUUGGUGAUUGGGAGAGGCGCUUAGGGAAUCAGAAGCAGCCAUUGCUGUUGGAGCAAAUUUUUUGCCUCAGUUGGUAGCGUAAAAUUUUGAUUGUUGAGG